AUGCCAGGGGAAGAUGAUCUCGCGCUGGAGCAAGGUCUCCAAUCGCUAUGGCUGCUCCUGUGCACGUUCCUUGUGGUUUCUAUGCAGCUAGGCUUUGCUAUGCUGGAGGUGGGCGGUGUUCGCGAAGCACACAGGAUGACGGUUCUUGCCAAGAAUGUCAUGGACUCCGUGGUGACCUGCCUCGUCUUCGCCGGAACCGUGCGCUUCUUGCACCUUAGUCUUGUGCUUGGACCUGAUGGACACGUCAUGUUCGAGAAGGAAUUGUCCAAUUGGGCCUUCAGUGCUACCUGUGCAACGAUCUGUUCUGGUUCCAUGGCAGAGAGGGCUCACAUGGUCGCAUACCUUGUGCACGCAGGGGUGAUUGGAGUCUUGGUCUACCCGAUUCUUGCAGAAGGUGCCUGGGGCCAGGACACCAACUUUUUCUUCCACAAGGAAUUGCAUGGCCGCUUUCAGAAGAAUGUCGACUACCAUGACUGCGCUGGCAGUGGUGUUGUCGGUAUCCUGUCGAUUCUGCCACUUCUCUCCGAGGUCAAGUUUGGGCAUCUGAUCGCGGCUCGCGAUGCCAAGCAAAAGCGUGAGGGAGACCGCUUCCCAAAGAUUCCCCCCAUUGGGGCCUUGUGUCUUCUCUUGGUGGCAGAACUUUGCAGUGGGGCAGCCUUCCUGAAUCCGUCGGACAAGCAGGCGCGCCGGGCCAUUGGUGAGGUUGUCCGCGCCCAGAAAAAUGCAGAAGGUGGUUUUGAGGAGACGGUGAACGGCAUCCUGAGGCUGCUCGAGAGCAAAGAUGUCCAUGAGUUGGCUAAACUGCUCGCUAGUGUGGGUGGCCUUGCUGCCAUGCUGUGUAUGUCGGCCAUGAGCGGGGGGGAUGCUGGUGGUGUGGGUAUCGGAAUUCGCGCUGCCGUGGCACCGCUUCGGCCUCUGUUGACUGCUCAUCGAUUCUGGGGCGUACUGGCAGUGGCCGCUCUUUUCGUGCUGGGCAACUGGACGGCUCUGACGACUUUAGUGAAGAAGCCAGCAGUGUGGGGCUGCUUGGCCAACUUCGGCGCCCUUGCACGAGCCGUGGGCUUCGCUGCGGCAGCAGGCGUGGAAGAUUCUGGUUCAUUGUCUACCUGGGCCAUGUUGAGUGCUGCAACCUGCAUAGCUCGAAUCUCGCGGAUGAUUGUCCACGAGCAGCUGGCUCCGGCAGUUUGGAUGGCCAGCUGGUGGUCCAAGUCGCGAGUCAGUGUUGAGCCACUGGUGUUGACCACUUUCUGCCUGGAAGCCUGGUGCCUAGCAGUUCUCCUGCUGAUCCUGCUCAGGAGACCCCGAAAGUUGGUGAUCCUCCUUGCCGUGACAUACCCGUGUGUGGCCCUUGCUCAAGGAGCCCCAGCCUCGCAGCCCUUCGAAGCUUUCGUGGUCCCAGCGUUGCAGCGUGGCCCCGCAGUUAUGGCUGUGACCUCUGCGCUGCUUAUCUUCAUGGGUGGCUUUCCUACCAUGCUGUGCAGCCUUGUCCUAAUACAGGUGUUGUACUUCAUUCAUGGGCUGGACAAUGCCAAGCUGUGUUCACUUGAGUGGUGGGUGCGCGGCACUGGCGGGCAGCAUGCUGCUGGGAAGGCCUCGCUGCAGAGCGAGUUGAAAGUACUCUCAAGGGAUGGCGUGCAAGUGGACAAUUGGGCCCGGCGAUACGACGAUGAGGCCCGUGACAAGCUGGAGUUCCAAGCUUGCAGCUAUUUGCAAGUCAUGGGAAUGUUCACUCUUUGGGUGGGCUGGUACGGCUUCAAUGCUGGGUCUGUAUUGGGGACGAACCACCACUAUGAACAUGCAGCUGCACUGGUCUCUUGGAACACAACCUUGGCUGCCAGCGCGGCAGGGCUUGGUGCAUGCCUCUACCUUUACGGCUUCCACUUGAACCUCGACGUAGGCUUCCUGUGCAAUGGAGUUCUGAGCGGCAUGGUCGCCAUCACAGCUUCCUGUGAUGUGGCCACGCCAGCUGCCAGCGCCGUAAUUGGCUUGCUGAGUGGCUUGCUGGUGUAUCCCACGUGUUCGAGACUUAUGCGCUGGGCACAAGUCGAUGACCCUGUCGACGCCGUUUCUGUCCAUGCCGGGUGGAAUGCUUAG